GCCUCUGUCAUGUACCUCACGCCUCACUGUCUCUCCUGUUAGUAGCCGUCUACCUGCCAGAAGAUGCACAGCGAUGAGUGCAGCCUGGACGAGGACAAUGGAGGGGUCGCCUCCUCCGGGGAGACCACCAUCCAAGUGACGCCCUACUCCACCACCGACCGCAAAAAGUACCGCAGGUCCUCAGACAUGGUAGCGGUGGCCCAGAAGGUGGAGCACUGGAUGGAGAUGGGACAAUGUGAUCAAUCCGCCAGAUGCAGGAGCGCAGCAGAGGAGUCACUGAAUGCAGCAGAGGAGUCAGCGAGCGCAGCAGAGGAGUCACUGAAUGCAGCAGAGAAAUCGAGACUCAUCAGACCAGGCAACAUUUUUCCAGUCUUCAACAGUCCAAUUUUGCCGUCUACCUGCCAGAAGAUGCACAGCGAUGCGUGCAGCCUGGACGAGGACAAUGGAGGGGUCGCCUCCUCCGGGGAGACCACCAUCCAAGUGACGCCCUACUCCACCACCGACCGCAAAAAGUACCGCAGGUCCUCAGACAUGGUAGCGGUGGCCCAGAAGGUGGAGCACUGGAUGGAGACGGGACAAUGUGAUCAAUCCGCCAGAUGCAGGAGCGCAGCAGAGGAGUCACUGAAUGCAGCAGAGGAGUUAGCGAGCGCAGCAGAGGAGUCACUGAAUGCAGCAGAGAAAUCGAGACUCAUCAGACCAGGCAACAUUUUUCCAGUCUUCAACAGUCCAAUUUUGAAACAAGAUGAUGGACAAAAUGUGUCAUCUGCUUUACUGAAUAUUGCCACGGUAACGGGGAAGAACGUGGAGAAGAAGUCUUUCUGCAGCCGGCCUGUGAAGAUUCCUUGCUUUUGUCUGAUUAUCUGCUCGGUGCUGGUCGCCUCUUUGCUGUCUGGCUUGCUGUAUGUGUGUUUGGUCGACUUCCGGGGACCCCCAUGUGAAGAGUCCUGGAUUUGGGUUGGAGGUCGCUGUUACUUCUUCUCAGUUGAUUCUAAGUCCUGGACUGACAGCCGGGAGUUCUGCACUACACAUGGCUCCACACUGGCCGUGCUCAUCGAUCCGGAGAUACAGAAAACCAUAAAAAGAUACCGGGAAAAGGUUAAUUACUGGAUUGGGCUCAGCAAGAACCAGGACGGGCGGUGGAUGUGGACUGACGGUUCUCUGUAUGAUGGCAGUGUGGAUAAUGAGAACAUCAGCCUCCUGAGAUGCGCUUACCUGAACUCCCACCUGGGGGCGCUAGACUGCUCUACAGGACGUCAAUGGAUUUGUGUGAAGAACUCCGCCAGGUAGCAGCCGAUUCCAUAUUGGAAGCCCAGAACCAGGGAGAAGAUGGAGACAUCACCAUGAGAUUCCUGGGGUCUUAUUCUGGAGGCACUGGGCUACUUGAAGGGGGUUUUCUGAUCAUCUCUUUGACAUAUCAUAAGACUGUGCUGGAGAAAGCAGUAGUGGUGCUGAUGGGGGUGAUAGUGGUGCUGAUGGGGGUGAUAGUGGUGCUGAUGGGGGUGAUAGUGGUGCUGAUGUUACAUAGUUACAUAGUUAAUACGGUUGAAAAAAGAUAUACGUCCAUCAAGUUCAACCAAGGGUUCAGUGGGGACACGAA